AUGCGCAACCUUCGAAACAUUCGAUUCGGACAAUUCCAGCGUGCUAAUGUCACGGCUGCUUGUUGGGAUCCUGAGAAGGAUGAGGUUCUCUGCGUAGCUGGACCUACCGAGCAGAGCAGUGGUAUCGAGUUACUAAGGGUCGCUGGCGAUCAAGAUAUUUCAGUUCGUACAGUGGCAACUUGGGAUGCUCCCAGCCCAACACCAGAUCUUGCUGUCGACAGAGUUGUCAGUCUGCAAUAUCUCAGUGGCUCAGCGACUACAUGUCUUGUCCUUGAGGGGGGCGACAUCAUCACAGUUCAAGAAGAUGAGUUCUCAGGCCAAGAUGCUCACAUCGAGAUUGUCGGUUCCAUCGAUGCUGGUAUUGCUGCCGCUCGGUGGUCUCCUGACGAAGAGCUACUUAUCGUUGUCACAAAAGAGAACAAUGUUAUCUUCAUGGGAUCUACUUUCGACCCCGUUGCAGAAAUCACAAUGACAGUCGAGGAUCUCAAUGCAUCCAAGCAUGUUUCUGUUGGAUGGGGAAAGAAGGAGACGCAGUUCCAGGGUCGAGGCGCAAAGGCCAUGCGCGAUCCUACUAUCCCUGAAAAGGUCGACGAAGGCGUGCCUAGUCCCCAGGAAGACGGUGCGACAACAAUCAGCUGGAGGGGAGACGGUGCUUAUGUCGCUAUCAACUCUGUGCAAGAGGGAUCUCGUCGUGUUAUCCGAGUCUACUCACGAGAGGGCGAACUUGACAGUGCAAGUGAGCCUGUCGAUGGUUUCGAAAGUGCUCUAAGCUGGCGACCAGCUGGAAACCUGAUGGCUGGUGUUCAACGAUUCUCAAACCGUAUAGAUGUGGUUUUCUUCGAGCGAAACGGUCUGCGACACGGAGAGUUCACACUUCGUUCUCCUUCUGGACCAGUCGAAGCUCAUGAGAAAAUUCAUCUUGAGUGGAACUCAGAUUCCACUGUCGUGGCAGUCAUCUUCAAGGACAUGAUCCAGCUAUGGACAAUGGGCAACUACCACUGGUAUCUCAAGCAAGAGAUGCCCAUAGAGGCAAACUCUACAUGUCUCUCUUGGCAUCCUGAGAAGGCUCUGCGCUUCGCUGCUGCAUCCACGAGUAAUGUGGUCGUGGCCGAGCAUAUCUUUUAUACAGCAAGGGGAUCAUGUCUGCCACCACACGAUAACGGCGCUGUUGCGGUUAUUGACGGCGAGACUGUAAAGUUGACUCCAUUCAGGACAGUCAACGUGCCACCACCCAUGUCAAUGUUCGAUAUCACAGCUUCCGCUGCCGUCGUCGACGUUGCUUUUGGUCGUGACAAUACCUCUUUUGCUAUCCUCCACCGAAAAGGUAUCGAUAUCUAUACUUGGCCUGUCAAGAACGGCAGGCCUAUCAAGCCGCAGGUAUCAAAGAAGAUCACCUUCGACGAGAUGGCCAGCCCAGGUUACAACGUUCUUUUGAGAAUCGCUGCUGUUGCGGACGCUUUCCACUACUUCGGAUUUGAGGAAGAAAAGGGGUUCGUCCAGCGAUCUGUACAGGCUAUCGGUGAGGGCGAGACAUCUGCUGCUGUUAUCAACUCUCAAGAGGUCUUGGUUGCUACAGCCAGCUACCAAGACGAUAGCUCCUUCGCAGGCUAUGGUCAGGACAACUCAGGAAAGCUGUUCUACAUUGGCGAGUCUGGUAACGAGAUUCUGCCCGUCCAAUUCCAGACGCAGCUCCCUUGGUUUGAGAUUAGCAAAGUCGAUGAUGAGAUUGUUGCCUUUGGUCUAUCCAGGAACGGUCACAUCUACGCCAACUCUCGCCUCCUAGCAAAGAACUGUACAUCCUUUGUCGUCACCCCUAGCCAUCUCAUCUUUACUACCAACAACCACUUGGUCAAGUUUGUUCACUUGUCCGCCAAUAUUGACGAGCUUGAAGUUCCUGAGGAUGACCCUGAGACCGACGAGCGAUGCCGUAGUGUAGAGCGAGGAUCACGACUUGUUACUGCCAUCCCCUCCAACAUGAGCAUCGUUCUUCAGAUGCCCCGUGGAAACCUCGAGACUGUCUUCCCUAGAGCCUUGGUUGUGGCGGGUAUCCGUAACCUGAUCGAUGAGAAGAACUACGCCCGUGCUUUCUCAUACUGUCGAACUCAGCGUGUGGACAUGAACAUUCUUUACGAUCAUCAGCCUGAGCAGUUCUUGGCCAACGUGGGACUCUUCCUCGACCAGAUCCCAGAUGUUGCUCACAUUGAUCUCUUCCUCUCUUCGCUUCGUGUCGAAGACGUUACUCAGACCAUGUACCAAGAUACGAAACGAUCAAAGGCUUUUGGUGCCGAUGCUGUUGCCUCGGAUUUGUCUCCUGCUCCACGAGGCUCUGUAGCAAAGGUCAACACCGUCUGCGAUACUCUGCUCGGUGCCCUACAGAGCCGCAAGGCCACCAACCUCCAGAACACCAUCACUGCGCACGUGUGCAAGUCGCCGCCUGCCCUCGAUGAUGGUCUCCUCCUCGUUUCUGAGUUGAUGCAGGAGGACGAGAAGAUUGCCGAGAAGGCCGUUGAGCACAUCUGCUUCUUGGUCGAUGUCAACCGUCUGUACGAGAAUGCUCUGGGUCUUUACAAUCUUGAACUGGCUCUCCUCGUCGCUCAGCAGUCUCAGCGCGAUCCCCGCGAAUAUUUACCCUUUAUUCAAAACCUACACUCUUUGACAGAGCUGCGCCGAAAGUUCGAAAUCGACGAUCACCUUGAACGCCGUGUCAAGGCUCUUGGCCAUCUCCAGACCAUGGAUGUCUUUGAUGAACUUCUUGCAUACACCACCAAACACUCUCUAUACCACGACUCUCUACGUCUCUACCGAUACGAUCCUCCUCGUCUCCGAGAACUCACAGCUGCAUAUGCCGCCUACCUAGAGUCAACCUCGGCUUACCGCGAGGCAGGUCUCGCCUACGAGUCUCUCGAAAACUACGCCAAGGCAACCAGCUGCUACCGAACCGCCGGUGCUACGUGUUGGCAGGAGUGUCUCUACACUGCAGCCCAGCAGCAACCUCCCAUGUCUACUGAGUCCAUGGCCGAUCUCGCCAGCAACCUUGCGGAUGCCCUCUGGGAAGCCAAGGAUUACUCGUCUGCGGCUACUAUCCACCUCGAGUAUCUCGAUUCAAUUGAUAUGGCUGUCAGUUGCCUCUGCAAGGGUUAUCACUUCGCCGAUGCCAUCCGUCUUGUCGUCCAACACAACCGUCCCGAUCUCCUCACCACCAGCGUCGAUACUGGUCUCGCUGACGCACUGGGUACUACAACUGAGUUCCUCGCUGACUGCAAGGCUCAGCUCAAGGCCCAGAUUCCUCGCGUCGCUGAACUUCGACGCAAGGCUAUCGAGGACCCUCUUGCAUUCUACGAAGGAGACCGCGCCGGUGGCAUGGACAUCCCCGACGAUGUCUCAGUCGCUGCGUCUUCGCGUGUCAGCACCAGUGCAUCACUCUUCACACGAUACACAGGCAAGGCUGGUAGUGUGGGCACAGCUGGAACAGGCGUCAGUCGAGCAACAAGCAAGAACCGCAAGCGAGAAGAAAAGAAGCGUGCUCGCGGACGCAAGGGAACCGUUUACGAGGAGGAGUAUCUUGUCAACAGUAUACGCCGUCUGAUCGACCGUGUAAGCGCUGCCGCACCAGAUACCGAACGUCUCAUCUUUGCGCUUGUCAGAAGAAACAUGCCUGAGCGAGCACGCGCCGCUGAAUCCCUCAUGGCUGAGGUGUCCGAUGCUUGUACGUCUGCUGUUUCCGAGGUAUUCAAGUCGUCUGAGCCAGAGGGUGAGAAGAAGAACGAGGGCGAGCCGGCGUGGCACGCUACUGGAGGAGAAGCAGUGUUGCAGGAUUUCGUUAUGGGACAAGGAAAGAAGUUGGAGCCUCCUGUUGUGACGGGGGUUAAGAAGCUUACGCUAUUGGGAUCAUGA